AUGAACAAAGCAACAUUCUCAGGUUGUUAUGCGUUCGGCUCUGGACUUGCUGUUGGUACAGGAGGUGGUAUCUUCCUUUCAGUAUCAAUGGGUGUCCUCAAGAAUACUAAAUUUCUAAACAACCAAGCAACAACAGGAGGUGGUAUCGGUUCCAUUGCAAGCCAUCUUUUCCUCGAGAAUACCGAUUAUACCUAUAAAUUCGAAGGCAAUAAGGCAUAUACAUAUGGUGGUGCUCUUUACUUCCAAUCCAUUCCAAGCACUGAUGCAAAAGAGUCUCCAGUUUGCCAACUCCGUAUUUACACAGUAUUAUUUACCAAAAACGUAGCCGAACAGACUGGUGGUGCUAUUUCUCUCAUUUCAGAUACCGAUGCUUACAUUGAAAACACACUUUUCCAAUAUAAUAAAGCUGGUGACCAAGAUGGUGCCCUUUACGUUGUUAACUCAGACCUCAAGAUCUUUAAAUCCGGUGUACUUGCAAAUCAAGCAGGCUUAAAUAUUGCAUCUUCUUCUGCCGAAAAGAUCAUGAACAUGGAAACCACUGUUGCCCUUAGAUUCAGAGGUCGUGGAUGCGGUGGUAUCGCAUUCGUAUCAACAUUGAAGCAGCACCAACUUAUUACCCAACAAAACUGCUUUUAUAGAAAUAAGAUGUACAAAGGAUUGACGAAAGCAAUCGGAUCUACUUCGGGUUCUGCUGCAGGUAAUGACUACAUGCUUGAAGAUAAAGUUUACUGGCAAUCAUACCAAGAUGUAGUUGAAAAUCCAACUACAUGUUAUGCAUAUAUUGGCAAUACUGAUAACUUUAAGAAACAGAUUUACCAACAACUUAACUAUGAUACCAACCCAGAACUUGCUAACCAAAAAUUCUGUCCUAAGAACGAUCUUGCAGAAAGCACUGUUUCUGCCCUUACUACAACUGAUCCUGCAUUUGCCAGAGUAUCUAAUAAUCCAGGCGCUCAGGCAACAAGUUCUGUCACCGAUCCAACAGCAUUUGUUUAUGUUGCUACUCCAAUCACACGCCUUCCUUAUGCUACAACAUCAUCAUGGAAGACAUAUCCAACAUCAAAUGUUAAGGUUUGGACAAAGAAAUCUACAUUCACUGUAGCUGCAACUUUCUUCAGAACACCAUUCUCAACAGCUCAUUCCACACCAUUUAAGACAGUACAUUCAACACCACACUCGACCGCUCAUAAAACACCAUUCAAGACAGUCUUUGACACACCUAUUAUAACAAGAACACCUCUUCCAACAGCACAAACUCCAAGUCCAUCAGAUAACCCACUUAUCACAGAUACUACAAAUUAUCUCACAUACUCAUAUGUUUUACCUGCAACAAAAUUCCUCACACUCGCUUCUACAACUACGAGUAUUACAGAUACAAUCACAACAGUUUUCACAUAUACUUCGACAGCUAUCAGAACUUAUAAGGAUAACACUGUUAAAAUUGUUUACGACAAAUCUAUCACAACAAUCGCUACAAAUCUUGCUGCUAAAGCAGAUUAUACACUUUACUAUCCAUCAUUUACACAAGUUAGUACAGUUACUUACACCUCAUCUCAUGUCAGCGAUUCAGACACAUUUAUUAGAUAUAUGGCGUUAACUACUAAUGCUAAAGGCAUUUCUUCUAUUACGUUUACCAAAAUUGCUGACUCUACUAUUACAUCCGGUCCAGACUUCAGUACUAAUGAGGUUAUUUAUGUUUACAGUCUAAUCAAAAAUACAAACACAAUUACGUUUACUAAAGAUGGUGAAACCGCUGUUAAACUCACAAUUACUAAUAGUAUUUACACUCUUUCUGGUAGUAAAAGCUUUGCUGCAAAUCAAUACUAUACUAUAACAGGCAGCGCCGGCGCAUCCUAUUACACACUUACAUACACAACCACAACUUAUACAAAGUCCACAUUUACAGCUAUGGAUAUUCCAGUUGGAACAAAUGUAGAACAGAAAUACACUGUCGCUAAUAUGGAAGAACAGCCAACUAGUACAGAAAAAUCAACAUUGGUUCCUAUUACAAAAAUAACAACAUUCUCAGGAAUCAGUUACUUCUCAGGAUAUACAAAAGCUACAGAGGAUACAUACACAAUCAUUUAUUAUCCAGCAAUUACAAACUAUUACACAGUGAUUGCAUUAGCAAGUGAUAAAACUACUUAUACAUACACAGCUGUUACGACAUUUGCUCAAACAUUCUCAUUUGUUCCUUCUAACAGCUUAUUUGUUUCAUACAUCUCAAUUUACACAACUUGGAAUUCUGAAACAAUUACAUAUGAAAACAGAAAGAUCAAUACAAUCACGGGUACAAAUGUUUACAAACUUACUGAUGUUGCUUCUGAAUAUUUCUCGAUCACUCAGAGCCUCAGUUAUACAGUUAUCAAUUCAUAUCUCACCACAUCAACAGCUAGUCUCCCAACUGCUGUUACAUUUAAUAGUGCUUCGGUCACAUGGACGUCUACUUUCUAUCUUCCACCCGGAGGAAACAGCCAAAGCGUCGUUUACACAUUUACACAAGUUGUGUUAGGAAAAAUAGUUGCAUCAACAAUCCUUCACACUGCAAGCCUUUCAUUUGCAGGUAUUGCAACCUCAUAUAAUACAAAUACUCUUGUUGCAUCAUCCACGACAAUUAAAUCUCUCACAUACACAAUUUCUGAAUAUGCUUCCUCAUUAACACCAGAUCCAUUGGUAUCCAUUUCUACAAAUCCUUUCAGCAACAUUCUUUACAUGCAAACAUUUGUCCCAUCCCUUACAUUCGCCAACACUAAUACAGUUACACAGAAAAUCACAGAUCAAUUCUCAACAUCAUUCGCAUCACAAGUUUUGACUAAUGUAUGGAUGACAUCAAUGAUCUUUAAGUCAACAUUCUUAGAGAAUGGCCAAUAUGUAUUUACCGAGACAAAUACAAUCACUAAAUCAAUAACAUCCCUCAUAGGAAAUGUUAUUAUUUCAACAGUAAUUAAUGCACCAUUCCAAGGAAAGACAGAGUUCAUUACUCCAAGUGGUGCAACAUCAACAAUUGUAAAGAAUUACGCUGUAUCAACAUCAAUAACCCACACAAGUGCCAUUACAAUUAAAUCUGGACCUUCAACUUCAUUAACAACAUACUUCACAGUAUUAUCAAGUACAGUAACUACUUACACACUUUCAACUUACAAAUCCUUAAAUACAUACACUAUCGUUAAAUUCCCAAUUUCUGUAUUUGAUGGCGGAAUUAAAGUUAUUGAUACAUUAACAGCUACUCAAACUUCGACACUCGUUGCAAGCACAUUCACAACAACAGCUUAUAUUGCUGAACCUACGACACUAUUCUAUGUUUCGACAUAUGACAUUGCUGCUACUUCAUAUGCUACUUAUACUCCGACUGAUUCUACAGUUUACACUAUAUUCUCAACUAACUAUGUAUCAGUAUCAACCACAAUCAUCCCUCCACCUGCAACAACGAAUGAACUUCUCGGUGAGACAUCUGUAGUAGUUCCGGUUUUCAAGAAUACUAAAACAAUGGUCCACUCACCAAUCGAAUCUUCUCUUGUUCUUGAUCAAAGCACAAUCUAUAGUUACUCUGCAAAAACAGAAAUUUACACUAGUACAUACACAGUUGAUGAACAGAACGACAAAAAUGUAUUUAAGUUCACUAAAGUCAUAACAUAUACUGACGCAUACACUAUGUUUGAUCCAGUUGAUGGCAGUACAACGAUUGCAAGUUAUACAUUUGUUGAUAAAGAAAUUGAUACAAAUACAGUAGUUAUGGUCACUUCUAAAACAACGACGGAGAUCAAGGUCUAUUCAUACACAACAACAACUCAGAUGUCCACAAUUACAUCAGGAGUUAUGGCAACAAAUACAUUUGCUUGGUCAUCAACUCAAGUCUUAGCGCAAGGCGUUUUCGAUAUAACUACUUACUACGCACAAAACAUUAUUUAUGUCACCCAAAAGGAUGGGACAUAUUCAGGCAUAUGGACAGCUACACUUGUUCUCUCAACAACAAAGACAAAGGCAGUAACAGACAUUUUCACAAUUGUUCCUUCUGUAACUUUCACAGAUCUCCCAUACACAUUCACAACGACAUCUAAAGAUACAUUUAUCUCUUACAUUCUCGAAGGCUCUGCUAUUCCACCGAGAACACCAGCUCCAUCCCCAGAUGCUACACCAAAUCCAACCCUUUCACCAGGUAACACAUGGGUUACAACCGAAACUUACACAUCCACAUUUACAUAUACCAAUGUCACUCAAUACAGUCCAAGCUUUGUUAUUGUAUUACCAGGAGAAAGUACAACUGUUUAUACAACAACAUAUGUCCAAUCAUCCACAUUCACUCAUACCAAGGUUGGCGAUGAGGAUGUCGACACUUACACAAAGACAGAUGUUCCAACACUUUCCAAGUCAACAUAUAUCAACAAUGGUAAAGACCUAACUGUUAUUUCUGAUAUCACUACAGUAUAUACUCAACAGUCAACAAGUACAUUCUCAGCUACAUCAACCGUCACUCCAAGUAAGUCAGCUGAUGCUUCAUUCUCUAAAACACAAACAGAAACUCCAUCGUCAACAGUCGUUGAUACAAGCGUUACAUCAAUUACAGUCACAUGGACAUCAGUCACUUCCACAACAACAGUUGUUCCAACAAUUACAAGUGUUCCAUCAAGUAUUUACACCGUUAUCAUUUUGCCAGAUGGAAGUAGUUCAACAACAUACACAAAUACUUUGACUCAGUCGAUCACUAACACAACAAUCGUGUUAACUGAGGGCAACACAGAGUUACCAUCAACAACAGUAACAUUGGUAACUAGCACUUUGACAGAGACAAAGCAGAUUGGUGAAACAAUUACAGUCAGCUAUCUUCCAGUUCCAACAAAGUCUCCAUUGCCUACACAUUCACCACUUCCACCAAGAACACCAAUUCCAACAAGAUCAGUUGUUCCAACACCAUCAAAUGUCCCUCAUGCUACACUCGUCAGCGAUAUUUCAGGAGAAGUCACAUAUUCAAAGACAAUGACAGAGACAUACUCUUCAACACAGACCGAAUCCGUAACAAUGGUUGUCACUAAAACAACAAUUGAGAUUACUGGAGUGAAGAAGGAAACUACUUUGUCAUAUGCUUCAAAGAUAGUAGUUGAUACUUCAACACUUGUUGUCUCAGAAACAUCAGUUGCAUCACAGGUUUCAACUCAACAAUCAAAGAAGAAGAACAUCCUUCCAAUCAUCAUCGGUGCUGCUAUCGGUGGCCUCCUUCUUAUUAUCAUCAUCGCUCUUGUUGCUUACAUAUUACUCCGUAAGGGCGAUGCUUCAACAGAUUCUUGCGUCGAAAUGGCUGAAGAAACAGUUCUUCAGAUCCCUGACUCUUCAACAACAGCUCCUCUCACCAAUGAUAACCCACUCUGGACCACAUCAGUUCUUGGUGACACAGAUGAUCCAUUCAAUAAUGACUUCGAAGAAGACCACGCUGAAGGCUUCUUCACAAUCCGCGGACAAGGCUGA